GAUGGGGGAUUCUGGGGGACGAGUGAAGGGAGGUUUCUGAGGGUCAUUGAUAUGGGGGUUUAUAGGUUGAGUGAUGGGGAACUGAGAAGUCAGUGUAUGAGGGUCUGGGGGCUCAUUGGUGGACAAAGUUAUGGGGCUAGUUAGGAUAGAGUGGAGCCUAUUAAACUUUGACAUUUACACAUUUUCCAGCAUAGUGACCUAUACUUAGGGUUCUUGCGUAUCCCUCAGGCCCCUCGUUAGGUGCGCCCUGCCUCUCCCUCUGUCCCUCUCCCCUCGCCCAAACCCUGAGUAGGGGUCUGGUGUGAAAGCGCCAGGAGAAGUGACCUGCACCUGAAGGCCUCUUUUCGGGUCCUGGGCAAGACUAUCCCAGUGAGCUCAGUUUUCACACAUCUCUGCCUUUUCCCAAGAACAGCAGGAAAUGGCCAAACCCCAGGGACUAGUGAAAUUUGAGGAUGUGGCUGUGGAUUUCACUCAGGAGGAGUGGCAGUACCUGAACCCUCUGCAGAGGACCUUAUACCGAGAUGUGAUGCUAGAGACCUACAGCAACCUGGUCUCCGUGGGGCAACAGGUUUGUAAACCAGACCUCAUCCUCAAGUUGGAGGUGGAAGAGCUAUGCCCAGCAGAAGACAGAAUUCCAAUUUGGAGCUUUCCAGAAGUCUGCCAAGUUGUUGAAAAGAUUGAGAGCCAGCAUCAGGAUGACCAAGAUCAAUGUCUCUUGAUGCAAGUUGGAUUCCCUGACAAGAAAAUAAUGACUACCAAGAAUGGCCAUGACUGUAAUGAAUUUGGAAAUACUCUUCAUCUGAGUACAAGUCUUGGUAUUCCAAUACAAAGACCUCAUAAACUUGAAACAUUUGGAAAUGAUAUGAUAGAUAAUGUAGACUUAUUUAGAAGUGCUGUGGAAAAGAAACAUGAUAAUGGGGGUGCAAAAUUAUUCUUCCAUACCGAGUUUGAGAAAUCAAAUCCUGUAGUGAAGCCCUAUGGAUAUAAAGAAUGCGGGAAAGUCCUCAGGCGAAAGAAAGGUCUUAGUCUUCAUCAGAGAAUUAAAAAUGGAGAGAAACCAUUUGAAUGUACUGCAUGUCGGAAAACCUUCAGCAAGAAGUCACACCUCAUUGUCCACUGGAGGACUCAUACAGGGGAGAAACCAUUUGCAUGCACCGAAUGUGGAAAAGCUUUUAGCCAAAAAUCUCAGCUAAUUAUACACCUCAGAACUCAUACAGGAGAGAGACCCUUUGAGUGUCCUGAGUGUGGGAAAGCCUUCAGAGAAAAGUCAACUGUCAUUAUACAUUACAGGACUCAUACAGGAGAGAAACCUUAUGAAUGCAAUGAAUGUGGAAAAGCCUUCACUCAGAAGUCAAACCUUAUCGUUCAUCAGAAAACCCACACAGGAGAGAAAACCUAUGAAUGCACUAAAUGUGGGGAAUCUUUCAUCCAGAAGCUUGAUCUGAUUAUACACCACAGCACUCACACAGGGAAAAAACCCCAUGAAUGCCAUGAAUGCAAGAAAACAUUCAGUGACAAGUCCACCCUCAUUACGCACCAGAGAACUCACACAGGAGAGAAGCCCCAUAAAUGUACUGAAUGUGGGAAGUCUUUCAAUGAGAAGUCGACCCUCAUUGUACAUCAGAGGACACAUACAGGAGAGAAGCCCUAUGAAUGUGACGUGUGUGGAAAAACCUUUACCCAAAAGUCAAAUCUGGGUGUGCAUCAGAGAACUCACUCUGGAGAGAAACCCUUUGAGUGUAAUGAAUGUGAGAAAGCCUUCUCCCAGAAGUCCUAUCUCAUGCUACAUCAGAGAGGUCACACAGGGGAAAAGCCCUAUGAAUGCAAUGAAUGUGAAAAGGCAUUUUCCCAGAAGUCCUAUCUUAUUAUACACCAACGAACUCAUACAGAAGAAAAACCCUAUAAAUGUAAUGAGUGUGGCAAAGCCUUUCGAGAAAAGUCAAAGCUCAUUAUACAUCAAAGAAUUCAUACAGGAGAAAAACCCUAUGAAUGUCCUGUAUGUUGGAAAGCUUUUAGCCAGAAGUCCCAGCUCAUAAUCCAUCAGCGAACACACACAGGAGAGAAACCCUAUGCAUGCACAGAGUGCGGCAAAGCCUUCAGGGAAAAGUCAACAUUCACUGUCCAUCAAAGGACUCACACUGGAGAGAAGCCCUAUAAGUGUACAGAGUGUGGGAAAGCCUUUACCCAAAAAUCUAACCUUAUUGUACAUCAGAGAACCCAUACAGGAAAAAAGGCCCACGGAAGAGGCCAGACCCGGAAGUCAAAGCUCAUGGCACACUAAGGAGUAAAGUGAGUGUCUGUUAGGUACCCCAAAGGAAAGUUGUAUUAAUUUAAUAUUUUAAAUGUACUUCUGACUUCUGGUUUAAACACAGGGAGUAAAGAUGGCCUUUCUUCUUUUCGUCUCAGUUUUCACCCAAGAGCAACAGGAGAAAAAGAAGCAAAAGUGUGAGCUCCAUAUGUGAUAAAAUUAGGAGACAACUGCUACCAGAGGCCUCCAGAGGCAGAGAAAACCAAGACCCAGUGCAGGGCCACAGAUGAGAGGCAGCAUUGGUUAGGACUCUUAGCAGAGGGUCGUGAUACACUCCAAGGUACAGCACCACAGGCAGCUGUAACCAUGGUAACAGAGUUCAUGAGCAGGUAGGAGGCUUCCUAGACUAUUUGGCAUCUGAGGAGAAACAGGCAGGGGCCUCAACAAGGAGAUACUCAGACAAGCCUUAUUUACAGGAAGUAGCCUGUACUGAUAGGAGGAAUAGUUGUGGGCACCUUGGAGAAAAGAAGGGACUUUUCCUUGUGAAGAACCCAUAGUAUCUUCUGUUUAGUGACUUGGGAAAAGUAAAGUGAAAGAACUAACAAAUGUGUGUGUGUGGAGCUCAUUUGUUAGAAAAAUUAAUCUUCCUAGAAUAUAUUCCUGGUAUCUUCCCAACAUGAACCUCCAGAGAAUAGCAAGUCCAGGAAAAACUUUUCAUUCAAAGAGAAUAUUUCACAGAAAAUCAAAACCACAAAUGUUUUCCAAGACAUCAACUCAACUUCAAGAUUGUCAAAAUGAUGAACACACAGAGGUGUUUGUUGAUGCACUGUUUGUGAAAAUAUUGGAAGCUGUCCAAAUGAAAUCCCCAGAUUCUGCUUCCUGAAAUUGUGAUGUAUUUGUACAACAGAUUCCUAAGUAGAAAAAAAAAUGAUAAAGAAACUUGGAUAUCAUUUAUGUACCGAUGUGGAGUAACCUCCAAAUUAUUAGGGAAGAAAAGCAAGGUGCAGCAUAGUAUGUCACGAUGUGUAUAUAAAGAGGGAAAAUGGUAAGUACAUAAUUGUAUAUACACAAACCAUUUCUGAAAAGAGAUACAAGAUGCUGAUAACCUUGAUUCCCUUGGGGAAGGGGCAGUGGGUGCUGAGGGCAGGGAACUGGGAGGGAGAUAGCUGUGUAUCCUUUCAUAGUUUUAGAAAAUUGUAUUAUGUGGAUGUACUGCCUUUUCAAUGAACAAAUAAAAUUUUAAAAAGCAUAA